GCCUCGUCAUGUUCGCAACGAUUUUUUCCGCGUCGACGGCGCCCCACAACCACAACCAGCACAGCGGAGAGCUGUAUGUUCAAGAGCGCCGUCAUGUCCCCAGAGAGGUGUCGCAAUACCCGCCGCAGAUUAUAUCGGACGACAUGCCUCGCCAGCACUCGACCUUUUUUAGCGACCUCCCUUACUUUGCCAUCGCCACGAUGGACUCGCAUGGCCGGCCAUGGGCCACCCUCGUGACAGGGCCUAGAACCGCAAGACCAGUCACGGCCAUGUCGUCUGACAAGUUGCGCAUCGACACUGAGCUCCCCGCGGACGACCCCUUUGGCGCGUGUGUGGCGUCGCACCAGCAAGCGUCUAACGGUUCGGCACUCUGGGCUGGACUCGGGGUCGAUUUUUCCAAUCGACGACGAAACAAAGUCGCUGGGUAUGUCGUUUCAAGCUCGUUUGAUCAAGGAUACUUGCGAAUGGAUUUGACCACGAACGACAACAUGGGCAAUUGCCCCAAGUACAUCACGGUGCGCGACCUCGUGUACGCGCCGGAGCGACGAGCGCCGUCCACGAUCUCCAACACGUUUCACGACUCUGUGUCGCCCAACGCGCCAGUAUCCCUCACGGAGGAAGAAAUCGAUCACGUGCACCGUGCCAGUACCCUCUUCCUCGCGUCGCGCCACAUCGAUGCAAAAGACCCAAGAUCGACGGACAUGGGGCUCAACCACCGCGGCGGAUCCCGUGGAUUUGCACGUGUGGGUGAAGCCGGUACGACCAUCAACGUCCCCGACUUUUCCGGGAAUCGAUUCUACCAGUCGCUGGGGAACAUUCAAACGGACAAAGUCGCAGGUUUGGUCGUGCCAUGUUUUGAGACGGGUGACCUUUUGUACUUGACCGGACACGCCGAGAACUUGUUUGACGAGGAUGCCACCCGCAUCAUGCCCCGGGUGACGCUUCUGACUCGCAUCGUGUUGACGGGAAAGGUCUACAUCAAGGCAGCGCUGCCAUUCGAGCUAGUGGGUGCCGAAACCAUGUCGCCGUACAACCCACCGAUCCGGUACCUCACGUCCGAGCUGGCUGCACAUGGCAAGAGCUUGGAUGUCCAUGGGCAAAAUGUUGCAACGCUUGCGCAAGUGACGCGUGUCACGGACAACAUUUCGGCCUUCGCGUUUGAUCUAAAGACGCCAGUCAAGUUCAUCCCGGGCGGAUUUGCUGUCUUUGACUUUUCCCAGUACUUUGACAAGCCGUACAUGCACAUGCACAAUGCGCACCCGCAGCUCGUCAACGAUGACUUCAUUCGGACAUGGACCAUCUCGUCGUCGCCUCCGUAUUCCGCCGACAUAAACGAGUUCAUCCCUUCCAACCGGAUCACUUGCACCAUCAAGCACGUCCCCGGCGGUACCAUCAGCUCGUUCCUCCAUACAAUGGUGUCACGUGGACUGAAAGUGCCGUUGUUGGGGACUGGCGGCGAGUUUUCUCCCUUUACGCAUCCCCCCUCGACCUUGCCGUCCAAAAUGCUGUGGGUAGCGGCUGGUGUGGGCAUUACGCCAUUUUUGGCGUUUGCCGAGGCGAUAGCAGCAACGCACGCGUCCGUGGACUUGGAGGUGCUUCUUGCGGCGCGUGGCGAGGAGGGAGUGGGGCUCGUACAAGCACUCAAACGUGCGGGCAUUUCCAAAAUAACGUUGUUCGACUCGAAAGCCAAACCAUCGACCGAUCCAGCAUCUCCUGUCGUCACGCGAAGACUUCGACCGGAGGACUUUGGGAACUUGCCCGAUGUCCACGAGCGCCAUGCGUACAUCUGUGGCCCGAACGACUUCAUGCACGCGACGGCAAAGUGGCUGAAUGAAGCUGGGGCCCCGAGCGUCCACAUGGAGUCGUUUGCGUUCUAAUAGAGCUGCUAUCCAUCGAAAAAUGCUCCAAUGAAUUCACGCUCAUCUCAAA